AUGACGGAGCCUCACUAUAUUUCCAACAAAACAUCUCAACAUGCCCUAUUAUCUCAUUCUGAUUAUACCUGGGAAUAUGAAUAUUAUGAAUAUGACCCGGUUUCCUUUGAAGACCUCAAGGCUCACAAAUAUUCCAUUGUGAUCGGAUUUUGGGUCGGCCUUGCUGUCUUUGUCAUUUUUAUGUUCUUCGUGCUGACCUUGUUGACCAAGACUGGAGUACCACACCAAGAGCGUAUACAUUCUUCUGAGAAAAAACUCUGCACAAACAACUUUGUAGCUGACUUUGGACAGCCACUGGAUUCUGAGCGAAUUUUUUCUCAGCAACUGUUUCUCCAUUGCUACAUCAAUGAACUUGAGGACACGGAUAGAACCAAGCAGUGUCCCAAGGUGCCGGUUAUGGACACUAACAUCCACUUCCAAGAAGUAAUUGAGAACGGUAGACGACUGGGAGGGGAGCUGAACUGCCAUACGAAAUUCAACAUUCCUAACUUUGUGAAUUAUGAUUCUCUGGGUGAAGAUGACUUAUUAAUUUCUGAGCCAUCUAUCAUUCUGGAGAACAAACCAGUGAGUCAAGUCUCUUGCCAGAUUCUUGACUAA